UCCCCUGGCUGUACCUGCUAGGCUUCAGCCUGGCCAGGCCUCCGUGCCUCCACCAGAUCCAGGCCUGUGGGAACCAAUUUUAGUUCCCUGUGACUGAGAGGUCGCAAACUGGGCUAAUGUUGGAUGUGAUAGGAAAUCAAAAUGAGGUCAGCCAGAAGCUGUCCUCUGGCUGCCUCUGCUGGGUUGCCCAGGGAGCUGUGGGCCUCCCUGCCUCCAUGCUCCCAGGCCUCAGCCUGCCCCUGGCCGGAGUCAGACAGGGCUGCCCCCUUGGAGACCCCAGGCACAGCCAAGUUUGGCUUUCUUCUGUUUCUUUUGUUUGUUCUCUCUUUACUCUUUCUCUCCCUCUUUCACCUUCGCCCUCUUUCUCUCUCGCAGCCCCCAGGGGCAACCUAACUGUUGUCUUUUGGUUCCCAGGGGAGGCUCAGGGAGUGAGCAGAGCUCAGGUCUGCUUGCAGUGGUGCAGGUGGCGCCCAAGGACCUCAGGGCCCCAGACCAGGGGGUCGGCACAUUGUCCCAGAGAGGAAGUAUUCCAGUUUUGUAAGUUGUGCUGUCUCUUUCACGUGACCCGGUCCUGCCUUUGUAACAUGAGGCAGCCAGAGUCAGUAGGGAAACUCAUGCCAAAUGGCUGUGCUCCAAUAAAACUUUAUUUACAAAAGCAGGCAGCAGGCCAGAUUUCUCCCACAAGCCACAGUGUGCCACCUCCUGGCCUAGACUGUUGGGCUGGGAGUUGCAGGGAGGGGACAAAAGAGAAGAGCUUGCCCCCUUUGUGGCCUUACUCAGUCUCUGGCUUGGCCAAACAGUGUCACAGUGACAGCCUGACCAUGGCCUUUAGGGGGGUGUGUGUUGAAGUCUUGGGCCAGUGCCCGAAGCAGGCAGGCUGCCUGGGGAGAGGCCAAGGACCUCUGUCCCCUGCCACUGCUGCAGAAGCCUUUCCCCUUUUCCUGGGCUGGACCUCAUUAGGUCCUCACUGUAGCUCAGGAUGGAGGCAGCUUGGGGAUUUUGGAAUGCCGCCAUUAAGCAGAGGAGCUGAGAGCAGCACAGGCAGCCUCAGGGCCCUGGGACCCGCCGGCACCACUCAGCAGCCACGGCAGACUGGCAGGGAGGCCGGCCCAGACAGGAGUUUCGAGGACUCCACCCUGUCCACGGCCACUACCCUUGAAUCUAUCCCCAGCUCCACGGGAGAGCCGAAAUGCCAGCGACCCCGCACCCUGAUGCGGCAGCAGAGCCUGCAGCAGCCGCUGAGCCAGCACCAGCGGGGCCGGCAGCCCAGCCAGCCCACCACCAGCCAGAGCCUGGGCCAGCUGCAGGCCCAUGCGGCCUCAGCGCCGGGCCCCAACCCCCGGGCCUAUGGCCGGGGCCAGGCUCGGCAGGGCACCUCGGCCGGCUCCAAGUACCGGGCGGCUGGGGGCCGCAGCCGCUCCAACCCGGGCAGCUGGGACCACGUGGUGGGGCAGAUUCGAAACCGAGGCUUGGACAUGAAAUCCUUCCUGGAAGGCCGGAUGGUGGUGCUAUCCUUGGUCUUAGGGCUCUCGGAGCAGGAUGACUUUGCCAAUAUCCCUGACCUGCAAAACCCAGGAACCCAGCAGAACCAGAACGCUCAGGGGGACAAGAGGUUACCUGCAGGUGGGAAGGCGGUGAACACAGCCCCAGUGCCCGGCCAGACGCCCCACGAUGAGUCUGACCGUCGGACUGAGCCCCGCUCCUCUGUCUCGGACCUCGUCAACUCCCUCACCAGCGAGAUGCUCAUGCUCUCCCCAGGCUCCGAGGAGGACGAGGCCCAGGAGGGCUGCAGCCGAGAGAACCUGGGCCGGAUCCAGUUCAGCGUCGGCUACAACUUCCAGGAGUCCACGCUCACCGUGAAGAUCAUGAAAGCCCAGGAGCUGCCAGCCAAGGACUUCAGCGGCACCAGCGACCCCUUCGUCAAGAUCUACCUGCUGCCAGAUAAGAAGCACAAGCUGGAGACCAAGGUGAAACGCAAGAACCUGAACCCCCACUGGAAUGAGACCUUCCUCUUUGAAGGUUUCCCCUAUGAGAAGGUGGUGCAGAGGGUCCUCUACCUCCAGGUCCUGGACUAUGACCGCUUCAGCCGCAAUGAUCCCAUCGGGGAGGUAUCCAUCCCUCUCAACAAGGUGGACCUGACCCAGAUGCAGACCUUCUGGAAGGAUCUGAAGCCAUGCAGCGAUGGGAGUGGGAGCCGAGGGGAGCUGCUCUUGUCACUCUGCUACAACCCCUCUGCCAACUCCAUCAUCGUGAACAUCAUCAAAGCCCGCAACCUCAAAGCCAUGGACAUCGGGGGCACAUCAGACCCCUACGUGAAGGUGUGGCUGAUGUACAAAGACAAGCGGGUGGAGAAGAAGAAGACGGUAACAAUGAAGAGGAACCUGAACCCCAUCUUUAACGAGUCCUUCGCCUUCGACAUCCCCACGGAGAAGCUCAGAGAGACCACCAUCAUCAUCACCGUGAUGGACAAGGACAAGCUGAGCCGCAAUGAUGUCAUUGGCAAGAUCUACCUAUCCUGGAAGAGUGGGCCGGGGGAGGUGAAACACUGGAAGGACAUGAUCGCCCGUCCCCGCCAGCCUGUGGCCCAGUGGCAUCAGCUGAAGGCCUGAGUGGGGCCAAGGAGGCCCAGGGGGCUGAGGCCCGGGGCCCCAUCCUGCCCUCGCCAUUUUAUGCAUAAUGCCCGGCCUGGCACCCUCUUGCCAUGGGUGAGGGGAAGACCCUGAGGGCUCAGCCAGGGAGGGGUCCCAGGACUCGAUUGGGCCCCAGUUCUAGGAAGUACCAGCCCCACCCCCCCAGUCCCGGCGCAGCUCGGGGGAGGGGCUCCGGGAGCCAUUUUCCUGCUUUGCCCCUUUCCUUCCUGACUUGCCAAUCCUCAAGAAGGGGGGCAGCGCUCCCAGGGGCCAUACCGGCCAUUCCCUCCAGAGGCCCGCCAGGUGGGCACGGGCCCCCGUUUUCUUUAAGGCAGUGCCUGGAGUGGAGAGAGAGGUCACCACCUCCUAAUCCCUGCGGUGGGACCCAGGAGAGAACAGGCAGAGGUGCCCCCCAGCCCCUGGAGGUGGGGGGACAGUGUCACAGGCCGGCUGGGCCCUGAACAGCCAGGAGAAUGUUGUGUCUGUUCCCCGGUCCUGGAGCCGUGGCCCUGUGCACUUGUGUUGUGUCCACCGCGUGUGUGUGUGUGUGGGUGCAUGUGUCUGCGUGUGGGAGCGGCUUGCUCCCCAUCCCUCCAUGGGGCUGGCAGCGCUUGCCGGC